AAGUUCAACAUUCUGCGCCUUCUUUUUUCAGUCAGCUUUUGCUUAUUCACUCGGCCGGUUUUGAGUCCGCCCCCUAACCCGGCGAAUCUCUGGCUCAGGGAGCAGUCCCGUUCCUCUCCAGCAAGCUGGCCGGUUCUCCGUAUAGCGCAGGCUCCUCUCUUUCCAACAUGUCAUCGGUAUUCCGGCCGGGAAGUACGUCCACCGCCUCGGAAAGCUCUUAUUACGAGAGCAUCCGACGGUCCGGCUCUCCCAAUCCAGUAUUCGCUGUCAACGACCAGAAAUCGUACAUCACAGUUGGGAGUCCCACCAGCGUUGGUACAGUAUACCAGCUUGGAAACAGCCCACAGAGCACCACCCUGAUUCUUGGACAGGAUGGUCAGCAACAAUAUCGGAAGGUGAACGAUAUGAAUUAUGAACAGUCUAUCAUACGGCAAGGUGGGCUGUCAAACCCCUCAGAGAUACAGAACAGACAGCAUCAAUAUGUACUCGCUCAAAGCAUGAAAGGAUUAAAUAUUCCCAAAGAUUCAGAAGUUAUAGUGCAUAAAACCUAUGUGACAUUUGAGCCUAACACCCCUAAACAGGCAUACAACACCACAAAGGAUCUCCAAUGGUAUCAGCACACACAAAACUCUCAAACUAACUGGGAUGUCCAAUACAAUCAAGACUCCAUAAAAAAUGUUCAACAACAACCUGUCCAGGUCUUAAGCUCUCCGAUUGAAUACACGGGCUUUCGGAGCACACGAAGUUCUGUCACUUCCCAAGAAUAUGAAGAUACCCAUUUGAGAAGCUCUGCAGGUUCAGAAUCUCGGAGUCCUGUACCAGCCAGGCUGCGGAGUCCUCAAGCAGCUCAGAUCAAGAGUGCCAUGGAUUAUGAGAGUGGUAACAUUGAGAAGUUGGAUCCCCGAUAUUUUGGUGAACUGCUGGCUGAGCUGACAAGCAAGACCACUGACCUCCAUAACAUCCUCUUAGAAAACAUGCAGAAAAUCAAGGGAAAGCAAAACAAUUUGGAAAUAAGCACUGACCACAAUGAUGCCAGUGAAAAUAUUGAAACUUUGAUACCAAAAGGACUAUCUGAAUUGACAAAACAACACUUGCGCUAUCUCUUGCAGACAAGAAUUACCGUGGACAAGUCCCUAAGACUACUCUUGAUGACAUUUAAUAGCCUCCGUGAAGAUCUGCUCCAUUUGCAAGAUGACCUAAAUAGACUUGCAAUGGACAAGGAAAUGCUAGAAAGAGAUCUGGGUUUUAAAUCUCAGCAGGUGACAGAAUACUUACAGCUCUUGGAAUCUGUGCGAGAGAAUAACCGACAGCUGCAGAACACCAUUAAAGAUAAUGGAUUAACUAACCGUUCACUUGAGGAGCUGAUCUUAACUCUGAGGAACUCAGAGGCAGACAAGGAGUUCCGUGUGAAAGAAUUGGAAUAUAGCAAGCGUGCACUGGAACAAGAAAAUGAGGCACUCAGACAGCAGCUGUCCAAGAGCCCAACAAGUAAAUCAUCCACUUCAAUAUUUAGCACAGAAAUAUCUAAUAAUUACUAUGAAAUGGUCAACAAACUGCGUGAAGAAAAGGACAAGGAAAUCGAUUAUUUGAGGUCACAAAUCCGCAGCAUGAAACAUGAAAUAUCCUCAGGACAAGAUAACACCUUGAAAAGUAAAUUGGCCGAAUACAAUAACAGAUUAAGUGAGAAGGAUGCCAUUAUUAGACAAAAGAGUGAGGAAAUCAUGAGACUGAAAUCUCUAUCACGUGAGCCAGACAAGAAUGUGACACACACAAUCAUAACGAAGCGGUAUCUUGACUAUCCAAUACUUGGCCUUUUGAAGGAUUCUAAACUUACUUCACCUGGUAGAGAAUUGCAGACUGUUUUCAUUGAAAAGGGUCGGAAACUGUAAAACUAGGAAUUCAUUUCAUGGAACUGAAGACCUAUUAAAUACUUCACAGCAGUGUUUACCAUUUUGAUACAGAAAUUACUCAACGUUUCUAUUCUAUGAUGGUCUCUCUUGUGAUUAAAAGUUUUUUAAAUCAUUGAAUAAUGCUGAUUGUAUUUUUAAGGGUCUAUUAGUUAACCGCCUACUUUUACUGCUCUUAAAACUAUUCGAAGUUUUGGGUGUGAGGGUGUAACUUUUUAGCUCGCACGCAAGUAAGAUUUCAUAUUUAACUCUACUAUGAAUUUGGUGAAUGGUGUAAAACUUAAGUAAACUGUAAUAAGAAACAGUACAGUAGGGUAUGAAUUAGAACACUGUUAUCCAAAAUUGAGCUGCUACCACAUGCAAUCAUAAUUAUGGUUAGUUAAAUAAUUGAGCAAUAGACAUCAUAAUAAAGAAUGUGACCUCCAUUCUCCUGUGUGCAAGGCAUACUCACACAUGCCUUUUUUCCAUUUAAAAAAAGUUAGAUUAAAAAGCUUCUUCAGUUUCUGAAUUGUAGCAAUUUUUGUCAGUUACUUUUGUUUUAAGUGUAUGGGAGGUGCUUUCAACCAAAAUAUGACUAAGUCAAAAAUUUAGAUUUGGAAGUAGUAUGCACAGAGCAGUUUUGUUUUACAGUUUGUGAUUAAUCCUUUUUAGUGGAAUUCAGAACAUUGGUGUGCAAGUUUGCCAGAGGACAGAAGUAUUGGCAAUGAUUGAUCAAAUACUUAAUCAAAAUGGAUGCGUUUCUGUUUUGAAAAUGUGAUGACUAUUCAAAAUAGUUGAGAAUUAUGGCAGUUUUGAUUAAGAAUUCUCAUUAUGAGAAUUGUUGUAUGUGACUAAAGCUAGUGAUCUUAGAAUUAGAUUUUAAAAACUGUAUAGAAUUUAUUGGUGACCCAAAGAAAAGGUAUUCAGAAGAUUAAAUUCUAUUUAUAUUUAAGCAAUCAAUUUUAUGCCAGUCAUGGACUGAACAAUGCUCUUUGAAAAAUCAUAUAUCUUAAUAUUCAAAAACCAGGUUGGUUUCAGAUUAACAGACCAGUAAUUUGUCAAAUCGCCUUGGUUGUUUAUUUGUAAACAGUGAAACCGAUAUGAUUGAAAUUUUAUGUUCCGUUUUAUUCUUAGGUUCAUGAAGUGUACAGUGGACUUUUUUAUUCUUACAUUGCUGAAGUUAUUUUCUGCAUGCAGUCUACUCUUAAUUAUAGAUUUACUUUGAGUGCAAAACAUAACUUUGAAAUAUAAGACUGUUACUUUACUAUUAAUGGGGGAUGAAACAUGUAUGAGUUCCAACUUCAGGAGGACAUUCAGACUGAAUAUCUGAGCAAUAUACAACAGAGAUCCAUUAGCAAACUCCUAUAAAUAUAACUCAGUAUUCCCUCUUAGAAUGCUGUACAAUUUAUUAAUUGAGAAGUGAAAUGCUGUUUCGAAUUGAUACAAAUGCGUGAGUUUCAAUGUGCAUUAGAAGGCUUUUCUGAAUUGCCCGACCAGGUAACAAAAACUACCGUAGGAAGUUAAAUGUAGUUGUGGAAUCCCAUAAAUAAAGAAAAUGUUAGAUACAAAAA